AGUUGUUUCUUUCAUACCAUAUUGUGCUUUACUGUAUGACAUUUCAUUGAUACUUUUACUGUUUUUUGGUUUUGAUUACUUCUUUGUCAACUGACAGACUGGAGAGAGUAGGAGUGGAGAGACUAGGAGUCUUGGAGAAGAUGCAGCCAGCCUGGGAAGCCACCGACAAAAGAUGCAGGCAGAGUGCCGAAAGAAACAUCCAAAUGUAUCUUUUCUACAACAUAAAAUGGCCCGAACAAGGAUAGAAAGAAGAGCAUACUUGGAAAAGCAUUCCACAAUGGAAGCCCUUGAGGAGUAUCCUGCACUAAGACUUCCAGUAGUACUUCUUGCAGAAUCACAAAAUCAGCUCGAUGUUGAUGUAGAUCGCAGCAUCAUGUCAGGAAUGGGACAAAUAGCAAGAAAAAUUAUUGAACAAUGCCAGCGACGAGCCACAGGCCAGGAUCUCUUUAAAAUGUAUAACGAUGCCAAGACUGGAUGCGCAGAGGAGUCACACAGAGGUAUUCAGGUGGUCCUUGCCACAUUACUUCUGCCACAUUUAUUGAGGGAGGACCCCGAUGCCCUUUACCGUAUCAACAAGACUCCAGAGGUUCCAACGCCUGUCCUGGUCAUUACCGGAAACCCGUUCCUGGAGGCUACUUUUGGUGUACAUCUGGACUACACACAUAUCCUCACCCAUGAAGUUGAUGACAUCACCCUCGCACUAGCAACCUUGAUGUCAAUUUAUUUUGUGUUCAAUACCGAAUAUCACAAAAAAGUAAAAAACACUCUUAGUUUUAUUGAAAAGUACCUUAUGUCCAAUACACCAGAAGGAAAAAUUGUGCCCACUGUGAUCAAAAUGGCAAACUAUUUGUUUUCUUAAGCAAGAUGCAGUAUCUAAUCCAAGUCUCUCUCUUUAUCACUCUUUCCAUCUCUCUCCCUCCCUUUCUCUCUUUAUCACUCUUUCCAUCUCUCUCUUUCUUUAUCACUCUUUCCAUCUCUCUCUCUCUCUCUAUCUCUAUUGAACAUACAAUUUAUUUGUAAGGUAUUUAUUUAUGACAGUUACAUGUACAGUACAUCUCUUCUUUGUGUAUAAUAAGCCUAAAUUGAGUAUAACACCCUUGUUAAACAUAAAAUGUGUAUAUUUAUUAUAUGUAGGCUACAUCAGUACUUAUUUAUAUUGGUAUGAAAGACCUAUACUGACUGAUAUGUACAGUAUAUUACUUUCGAUUGCAAAUGUAACAUGUUUUAUAUUACUGUAUAAAUUAUUUACUACAGUACUAGUAAAAAAGUAUGAUUAAA